UCGUCGUGGACUCUGUGCACAAGAGGAAAAAGAAAAGGGGGAAGGAAACCGAACCGGAGCCUCGGUGUGUUGUUUGUUGCACACGUAUCGCUUGAAUUAUCGUCUCUGUCUCGUUGAGCUGUGCACGAGCGAACCGAGAACGACUUUCGACAAUCAGGAAAUUGCGUUCUACGGUGCGCGCGCUUCGCGCCCGGUGACCCUGACAUUCGUGAGAAGCAACCCGACGACACACGUUCGUCGACAGAUCCGUUCUUCCGUCUCGACGCUGCACGGCACCGUACGAGUACUCGUGACUCGUUCGCGAUUGCAAACCGUUCCCGUGCGAGAACAUCGAUACUUCGCCGGACCACGCUGACCUUGACUUUGCUGCACGAAACAUCAACACCACGAUAACAGAUUUUUCUCGAAACGGUUUUUCGAUGCGUGUGGAUCCUAAGGUUGUGUCGUGCGCGGAGUGACCUUGAUUUACGUACGAUUUUCAUUAGAACGGGACAAAAGCUAAAACGUUGGAUUUGGACAUCUCGUCGCUGGACCUUUGAUGUACCGCGCUUUUUUCUCGAAACACCCGACACAGCCGCGGCGUGUCACUAUACUCGCGCGAUUGUUUUCGAACGGAAUCGGUCAGUGAAUGGGUGUGCAUGAGACGGGACAAGCAAGACGCGGGAAUUGCGUGAAGAUGAAGAAAUAGAGUGUCUCACGAAACCGUUGUGCAACGAAGAAUUUAUUUCUAUCGGUCGAUCGACCGGACUGCGUUACUUACAUCCCGGUUUCCCAGCCUGCCUUAGUUUGUCGUUUGAGGAUUUCUCGCGAACGCAUCGGAAGAAGAGAAACCAGAGGAAAAGAGGAACAAGCGUGGGGCGUCGUUCCAUAUUAAAUCAGUCGAGUAAUGGCACCACGGCGCCACGGGAACGGCCACGGUGGUGCAUUGAUGGAAAACGGAGGAGCCGGCGCCGGCAUCAACGACACGAUGGACAACAACCUGCUGAUACAGACCCAAGCGACGUCGACCCGUUGCUGCACGCCUACCGGCGAGUGUCUCAGGGGCGACGCGUUGAUUCGUCUGAACGCGUUGCACGAUACGGUCAAGGUAACCUGCAACAACGACAAUUGUCCGGUCGGGCAGUUCAUGCAUCGCGAGUGCUUCGACGCCUGGGAGCAAACGGUGCUCACGUAUCUGAAGAGCUGCGGACGCGCCCGUAGCUGGUCCGAGCGGCAGCGCCAUCAGAACCUCUGGACGAAAAAGGGUUAUGAUCUGGCCUUCAAAGCGUGCGGUUGCCGCUGCGGACGCGGACACCUGAAGAAAGAUCUCGACUGGUUGCCGUCUGGAACCGGCGGGAACGCUUCCGGCAACCGACAAGACGAGAACGAAGCUAAGAAAAAGAAACGACGCAAUCGUCAAAACAGCAGACCCUCGCUGGCCGUGUCGGCCGGGCCACCGAGUCACGGUAAUCACGUUUCGGCCAACGGUCGCGGCACUACCGAGUUGCAAUUGAUCGAAUCCGGUCGCGGAAGGGCUGGUUCGCUAUCCUCCAGCACCGGGUCCAGCUCGCCACCGGCUACCAGCGAGCCCAGCGUCAGCCCGCUUCAUCAGCCCCAGGCCAUCAUGAAGAAGAAGAGCAAGGUCGAUUUCUUCAGCGAUCGAGCACGGCAAAGCUGCGGCGCGAACGGGAUCUUCUCGCGUCGUCUGGACUUCAGCGCCUUCAACAGUCUGCCUCGCACCAAGCUGAACUCCUAUCACAUUAAGAUGGAAGACGAGGGUAAUCACGGCAACGACGACACCAGAUGCUUCAUCCUGUCGACGCUAGCCGCGCUGCAAUGGUCCAGGGUGACCUGCGUCCUUUGCCGCGCGCCCAUGCUCGUUUUCGACAGGUAUCCCUUGGUCGAUGGUACCUUCUUCCUGUCCCCGAGGCAGCAUUCACCCGCCUGCGCGGAGGUGAAGGUCGAAGGUCGCACGCAAUUCCUGUCUGCGGUGUGCAUGAGUUGCCUGGAGGGCAGCGGCGGACAGCCCGUGCGUUGUCGUUGCUGUACUCAGCCGUGGGACGGUUCCAGCUUAGUCCUUGGAACGAUGUACAGCUACGAUAUCUUUGCUGCCAUGCCCUGUUGCACCGAACGGCUGAAGUGCAACAGCUGCCAGAAGCCUCUGAUCUAUCCUCAUCAACGGCUGAACUUCUACUCGGACUACAGUCGCGUUUUCGCCUGUCCGCAUUGCAGAUCCGUGGACGCCCACUUCGUGAAGCCGCUCUCGGUCUGCUUCACCCGCGAGCAGUUUCAGCUUUACAGCCAGUGGCCGUAACCAUUAGGGAAUUUAGCUAACCGGCGUCUAAACACCGCGACUGACCUGUGUCCCCUCUUCUUCAAUCCACUGAUCUCCCUGCUCCGGGCGACUUUGCUCUAGAAAUCCUCCAACUACUCGUCGGACCGUUUUUUAAUUCUCUCUUCGGCUCCAUCAGGAACAGGAAUCAUCGUCAUCGAGGAAAACACGAAGAAACUGAAGCUUUUGAAAGAUAUCCUGGUCCACGGCGCUUUCCCUUUCCACUCUUUUCGCCGCGAAGAGAAUUCUCUUUUUUUCCUCCGUCGCGGAGACAGAAUACCUCUUCUUUAUUUAUUUUUUUCUUUCAUCGAUAUCGAACGCCUUCCGUUCGAGGACAAAUUUCGAAACAGAGUACAAAUUUUAGAGUACCUUAAAUUCUUUCGUUGGAAUUGAACGUUGUCUCUGGUUCCUCGGUUUUCUGUCGUGGAAAAAUCUGUUAUCGAUGCCGCGUCAGCAUCGAUUAAACCAUAUCAGGCCCCGGUCGGAGUCGAGUGGAAAGCGGAAGCGUCACGUUCCUGGCGAGCUCCCGUAGCAGCGAUAAGGUUUAAGAUUUUUCUUUUCCAACGUUGAUGGUAGGGUUUAUCUACGUUAAUUCAAAGCGAGGGACGACGAAGAGAUCCGCCCGGGCGACGACCACGGACGCGCCCCGACGAUGUAUCGACGGGCUGCGCUCGAUUCGCAGGAGCUUCUUCAGGGCUCCUGGCGUGAAUUCGGGGCAAGGAUAUUAUCGUCAGUAUUAUUGGUAAGGAGCAGGUACGGGCAGAAUUUCAUUCGUUCAACGAACAACGAACAGAAACUACGCGCUUCGGUUGCACGAUUCGGAUCACCUUGCAUCGAAAGAGUGUAUCGUUUCUGUCCGUACGAGAAUUUUGCCCGUCCCUGGCAACAAAAUCCCAGGACAAUCCUGUCCGUUGUAAAGUCCAGUUUUAAGUUAGCGAAAUCUUAUUUAGGAAUUCUUGGUUUAGUGAUUGUGCGCGCGAGUUCCGUGUUUGUUUUUCUCGUAGGAAAAUGUUUAGGACGUAGUAGGGUAUAGGCGUUUGUAAAUUAAUUGGAAAAUUAGUCGGUAUUCUUUCGAACGGGUGUGGGUGGUAGUCUUUAUAUCGUCGUUGUUAGCUUAAGGAACUAUGGGAAAUUAGUUUUAAAAAACAAAAAAAAAAAAAAAACGAACGCGUCGCGCCGUCGAUACGUCUUUGGUUUCGCGUCGGGGAGUUGCCCGGUGAAGUUCGAAACGAAAAGCUAACCAGUGAAACGCAACGAUCGUCCCUCGUCCAUCCCCAUAGUCGAAUUGCGUUGACCGGGGGGAAAAAAAUGGAUCACAAAAGGAAAAAAAAUACGAGCACACAGAAUAUUAUUAGAACGACAUUAGACGCAGAAAAAAAAAAAGGAUCAGGCUUCCCCUUAUUAUCGUAGGUUAUAUAUGUAUAAAAAGCAAAAGUAAAAAAAAAAAGAAAAAAAAAUGAAACGAAAGGCCACUUUGAACGAAAAGGGGGAAGAGAUAUGAACUAUCGUUUGUUACUUAGAUAAUCGAGAACGUUGUUUUUUUUACAUUUUAUUAGUUUAUACGUUUACGGCGGCCAUGUUGAUUUUGUUUAAGGAUCUACGACUCAUUCGAUGGGUUUCACGUUGAUCGGCCGGGCGCCCAGCGAUUUUCCGCCUUCGAGAUCCUCCCCUGAAAAUCAAACCUUUUUGUUUAUUUUUCACGACGCGGUCUGAUCGUUCGAAUAUUCCUGUUUCGAAAAUGGCAAUUUUAAUUUCCGUUUCGAGGUUUCCAAAAUCGUGUGAAAGUUUUUUUUCGUUCUGGUCCUGGGCUCAGGAAGAAUACCAAUUUUUGUUUACUUUCUCCGUGUCCUAGAUUUCCCUUUGUUUUGCUUCCGAUUGUCCUCGAAGGGCUGAAAGCCUUGGGCGUCCGAAGUAGCCAGUGUAAAUACGUAAUUAAGUGGGAGUGAGAACCAAAUGUUUGGUGACAAAGAUCGUGCGAGUGAUCGUACGCGAGAAAAGAAAAGAAAUCUUCGUUUUUUCUGGCGAUGCUGGUCGUUGCUGUCCAUCAAUAGCGGCCGUCCCACAAACAGACCGCCCACCGUUUCCCAAGGUAGUAUAGUCGAUCGUGUACCUUCUUUACGUUACUUCGAUUUAAAAGUAUACUUAAUCCAUUAUACGUCGGGAAGUGUAUUUAGAAGAUUAUAUAAGUCCCGUAGAGUUUUAGCGAGGAUCCGCGAACCCGCGCCUAGGCUCCUUCGAUCCGUCGAGCAAAGGUUGUCCGGAACUUCUUUUUAACGUCUUUUCAAAUUCCUGGAAAGUUCGAAACUAGUGGUACAAAGUUUGGUGAAAUGAAAUAAAUCGAAAGCGUUGAAAUUACCAAGUCAUAUUAGAAAUCUUGAAACAAGCUUUACUCACGACGCUUUUGGCCGCGAUUUUGAUCGUAUUUGGUAAAAAGAUUUCUAUAAAUUGAUAAAAUUACGGAAACGGUAACUAGGUGGAACGAAUAAACGUGCAUUCAACGUGUGAGCUUUUCUUUUCCAUACCAGUGUAUAUUAUUAUUUAAAAUUGCACGUUUUCUCGUUUCUCUUACGAUCGUUCCGUGAUUUUCUUAUUUGCUUUUAGCUAUUUUUGUUACCGAAGAGGACCGGAAAUUGCAGCCAAAAGUAUGCUAGGGUCGGUUGCCCCAACACGAGCUACUUUUUAUUUUCUUUAUUGCACACAGUCGCAUUAUAUUUUCUUUCUAAACGCUUUAUCGUACGCAUGAAAGAGGAUUCUAAUCCAGUUCGUGGAUCGUUAUCACCGUAUUAGAGCAAUCGCCUCUACGAAUACACGUGUAAAGCUUGGAGAAAUUGGACGUUUGGAAGGAGCCAGCGCGCUAUUCGCCAAAAACCGAGCACUAUGAUUUAAUCUACAAGUGGAUAGAUCGAGACGGAAGGUGCGGAACGCGAUGGGGGCGAAAAUGAUGGAAAGAGUGCGAGUGCGAGAGCCACGAGGGAUUAAAAAGGGAAAAAGUGAGAGAAGAGAAAAUAAACGAACGCAAAGGGUAGCCAAAAAAAAAAAAAAAACAGUUAAUCGGAGCUGAUACAGAGGCGCGGACAAGAAAAUCGUUUCGCGCGUUUUUCUCAGAGUGCCAAAUAUACGGGAGAAAGACCGGUGACCGACAAUUUCGGUCGUUUCGAAGACUCGGGCUCGGUUCUACCGAGCGUGUUUUGCGAGUAGACGAAUAAAGAGAGAGAGAGGUAGAUCGUGCUCGGUUUCGCUAGGAAUCUUCAGCUCGGGCGAGUAUCGUUUUUCGCGGUCCAGCGAGUCGAGAUGUUCGGUUGCAGUUCCCCUCGUCCCUCCCCUGGACCUUGGUAAAAUUGCUCGCGGAUUUUUUUACGCGAAACCCUCACGAUAGACGCGAGAAAAAGGAAUUGCGGAGAAACGCACCUUUUUGGGGUACUCCCUACCGUUUUCAAUUUUUCACAGGCCGCGCGGUCCUCGCGCUCGUCGAUAAGCAAAGAGGCAAGCGGCGAGGCGCCGCGCGAGGGCGAGAGACAUUUUUCGAACGACUUUCGUCAUCGUGCUCCCUUUUUCAGUUCCUAUCUCAGGUCUCGAUGACGCAGGAACCGAGGGGAAAGGGAACGAUCGUGUCCGGAGCCAAGACAGAGAAAGAGAGUUCCUUUCGCGAGAGAAUCGAUCGCGCGACCGGGACAUCGGUGCCUCGAUCGUCGGAUACACGAGCCCCCCCUCCUUCCUCCUCCCCCUCCCCUCCCAAUUGUAAUUUCCGCGAAAUCGGCUGGGAACGACGAUCGGAUCGCCGAACGGGGCCCGCGCGUUUCGAGGCACCUGUGGGGGUUCGAUUUGUAUAAAAUGAAAAAUUAGUCAGUUUCGACGUAUAUCGAGGGAAUCGUGAAUCUCGGUCCCCGACUCGCUCUGUAGUUGCUAAGGCUAACGAUUUAAACGAUAAGCUAACCUUUUUUUUAUUCCGAAUAAAAAAGUCGCUGUAACGAUUUUCUACCGUUCCGCCGGAUCGUCGUCGAACGAUCGGGAGUCGGGUCGCCCGGUGGGAGAUCGAGCGAUCGAGAAGACGAUAUGCGUCCCAGUUGAAGAAUCUACCUCGAUCCACGCAUCCCUGGGAGCAAUCGACGAGAAUAGAGAUCCUCCUGGAUCCUCGACCCGGUCCCCGUCCGCGACCUCGACUCCGGCGAAUCGUUUUCUAUGUCAGUGUGUUUUUUAUAAACGAGGGAAACCCGGAGGCACCCGUGAGGACGCCGCGUAGAAUCAUCCCCAGCAGCUGUGGAGACGAUGAAAAUUUCCGGGAUAAAUCGGUGGCCGCGUCCCACGGGUACCGCCGGGAUCCGAAUUUAUCGAUCGUCGUAAAUAUCGUGUCCGUGAACCUUCUAAUGAUAAUUAAUGGGAUAGCACAUCUAUGGCACGUUGAGAGGGGGUGGGAUAUAAGGGUUGUACGCUGCGAAGGGUGAGCGUACAGAAGCGGUUACGACGCAGAGAUACGAAGCAAAAAUGGAAGAAUAGAGGGGAGGUCUUGAGGACGGAAUCGGAGAGAGGUUAUGAGUGGUUGAACUAUGAAUAGAGUUUAGCAUAUAGUCAUUAUGGGAGAAGAGAAUAUGGCGAAGGUUUGAAAUCAUCGAUAAAAUAAGUAAGUUUAUGGAACGACGGUUUUCGGACGUUAGUUAAGGAACACUUCCCUCAUUUCGACCGUCGGUCCCAGCUUUUGGCCGACGCCCAAAGAGAUAUCCUUGAAUUUCGUUGAAUGUUUUUAGAGACUCGGCUCUAACUCGGUUAAUAUUGUGCUCGUCGCUCGUCGCCGCGAGUCCUCUCCGUCCGGAAGAACUUUCCAGGGGGAGGGAUCGCGUCGUCGAGCGGUACGAGAGUCGUUCUAGUGAUAGAAAGGGAGGUGAGAAGUGAAAA